AUGGACAAACAAUCCCUGUUUUGUCUGAAGGACCAGCAAGCGCUGCACACACAAGAGCUGCUUAGCCGACCUGACAAUCUCCAGAACCAGCAGAAACCAACUGGAGCAGCACAUAAGGAUAAGUUUGGCAAGAAUGGAACAUCUUGGUCACCAAGGGCAGAUGACAGUCACAGCUACGAUAAUCUUCCUGAUACUGAUCACAGGAUGGACUGACUCAGAAAAAAUCUUCCAUAACAGAGAUCACUCAGAUUUUGAUUUGCAAAAUAUCCCACAUGCAGGUGCGAUCCUGACCCCUGAAGCAGCACAGCAAUACCUUGUAAAAUAUGGCUGGGUCGCACCUGUAAAUUGGGAGGAGCAAGCAUUUUCAGAUUUCCCUGUACAUGAUCAGGCACCACAAGAUGUCUCCCAGAUGAUUUCAGAAGGAGAACCCGAGGAGCAUCCUAGAGUCAGUAAUUCAAAUCAAACUCAGAUGAAUCUAUCCUUUGUAGACUCCUUGAAAAAAUUCCAGGAGGCAAACGGGCUAAAUAUUACAGGAGUCUUGGACAGUGCUACAAAGAUAGCCAUGAACAAGCCACGCUGUGGUGUUCCAGAUUUCAAAGUUGCAUCAAGACGCAGGAAUGCAACUCUCGGCUCAAUGGAUGCAGAUAGUAACUCUCACCACAAUAGCUCACAAAUGCAACGUAGAAAGAGAAGUUUCCUUUCUAAAAUGGUUGAACAAUACAGGCAAAAUCGAGAAUCCAAAGACAACAUGGGAAGUGGCAAUUCCAAGAGGUUUUCCAGAAAUACGCUGAAGUGGAGGCUGAUGGGAGAAGGGUACAGCAUGCAGUUGACCAUACAACAACAGAGGGCAAUUCUUGCCUUGGCUUUCCGUAUGUGGAGUGAGGUUGUCCCUCUGCAGUUUGUGGAGGACCUCACAGGAGAUGAUAUAGAUAUUCGAAUUGGCUUUGGAACAGGACAGCACCUUGGCUGCUCACAGGCAUUCGAUGGGGUGGGGCAGCAGUUUGCUCACGCCUGGUACCUCGGAGAUAUUCAUUUUGAUGAUGACGAACAUUUUGUUGGACCAUCUAGUGAGCAUGGAAUCAACCUUUUGAAGGUUGCAGUUCAUGAGAUUGGUCACGCUCUCGGACUGAGCCAUAUAAACCGUGAAGGAUCAGUCAUGCAGCCUAAUUAUAUACCUCAGGAACGCCAUUUUGAGCUUGACUGGGAAGACAGAAAAGCAGUGCAGGAAAAAUAUGGUGCCUGUGAUGGCAGCUUCAGCACAGUUUUUGAUUGGAUAAGGAGAGAACGAACUCCACGUGGAGACACAGUGUAUCGAUUUAACACGUAUUUCUUCAAGACAAGCUGGUACUGGAUGUAUGAGAACAAGGGCAAUCGGACACGAUUUGGGGACCCACUGCCUAUCAAAGGAGGCUGGAAUGGUAUUCCGGAUAAAGACAUUGAUGCCUAUGUUCAUGUGUGGACUUGGAACAUCGAUGCACAGUACUUUUUCAAAGGUACCCUAGUCUGGCGCUAUGACCCUGACAAAGACAGGGCAUUUACAGAGGACUGGAGGAAAGCCAAGUAUCCUCAGCCUAUUGUAGAAAUAUUUCCAGGAGUCCCAAGUCCAGUGGAUGCGGCUUUUUUCAACAAAAAGGAGCGCUUUAUCUACUUCUUCAGAGGAAAUAACGUUACUGCCUUUAGUGUUGAUAAAAAUCAAAAAGUGGAAAAGUUCCCAAAACCCAUCAUUGACAUAUUCCCUCCUGUGGAUCCCAAUGACCACCCCAUAGGGAAUAUUGAUGCCGUUUAUUUCUCAUACUCAUACCAAACAACGUUCUUCAUCAAAGACAAAUAUUUCUGGAAGGUGGUUAGUGAUCGAGAAAGACAAAGCAACUCAUCUCUGCCUGUGAAUGGAUUAUGGCCCCGGAAGAAAAUCAACUCCCAGUGGUUUGAUAUUUGUGAUGUCCAUCCUUCUGUACUCUUGCUGUCAACAUAAGGAGGAACUGGUAAUGCUUCCACGAGAAGGACUGUAUGGAGUCAAUGUCUAUGAAUGAAUUUCACCUUCAACCAUAACCUGUGGACAACCGACAGACUUCUGCUGUGCAAAGAAUACUAGAAUGUUGGGCAAUCAUUGGUUCUUUAAUAAAGUACCAUCUUAUUAUUAUUAGAUUAGUGUAGCUAUAAGAUUUUCCAAAAUGGAGUGGGCAAGUGAGAGUUAUCCAAACCCCGGUACUGG